UGUAAAGGUAUUGAAGCGGUACUCACAUGGAUUCACGAUAUACGAAAACUCUAUAAAGACGACUUUUCCGCUGAAAACAAGAUCGCAAAAUGAUACUUAACAAUGUCCGCUCUUGUAUGAUUUUGAACUAUAUGAUUGUUUCGCGACAGUAUUUCGUUCCGGUUUGACUUUGACUUUUAUGGAGCGAGAACCGCACGAAGUGACAGGAACUUCAUCUUCCGCUCUGUGCUGGUUGCUUUUAUUCCAACUGUGAACGAGAAGAAACCAACCGUGUAUUCUUGUUCGACGCGCAGGAGUAGAACUACUUGGUUCACGCCACAACCACCUAACCGCCUUCCUGUACAACUGCCAGCCUGUCGCAGCAGGAGCCAAGUUCGUCUUCACACGACCAACGACCUCAAAGAUAAUGUCCACGACUUCUUGUCCCGCCGCUGGUUUAGAAGUGCAACCAAGCGGUUCUUCUAGUUCUGCGGCGCGGAAAACCAAAACAACAUCAUCAUCUCCACAACCACUCUCCGUCCUCAUGUUGUCAUUCUUCCUUUCUUCCAACAUCUUCUGCUCUCUCAUAAACCCAGCGGACGCCGGGCUGUCCAUCACGAAGAGGGCCGCUUCGGCCGGGAAAACGUCGCUCUUCCCCGAGCAGGCGAUGCAGCAAAACCGGGACAGUGGGAAUGAUUAUCAUCACAAUUACAUCGAACGGCACCUGCUGAGCCCUUUGCGGCAGGAAAUCUACGUGGAUAGGAAGAAUUUAGUGCGGGUCUUAAGGGAGGAGAAAGAGAAUGAUAGUGCCAACCCAGCGGAAUCUGCACUUCUGCCAAGUAAAAGCGGGAAUAAUUAUACGAAUACCAGUCGAGGAGAACUUUCUCUACAUCAUGAUCUCUCGCCAGAACAACUACUACAACAAUCAGGUUUCAAAUACAACAAGCUGACUGCAGAAAACAUCCGGGACAGCUACAGUGUCAUCCCCCGGUCAUUCUUUCCCAACCACCACUUCUUCCGAGAUUUGGAUUAUCGGAGGAGAGGGCUGGAUGAUGAUGAUGAUGAUAGUGAUGAUGAACCACACCGCAAAAAGAAGAACUCCAUUUUACAAACGCGAUUAAAAAAACUUCGUCGUUUCCGUCGGCAGUUCCGUGACCCCAGGAUGAACAAACCACCGACAGAAAAGACUGUCUUCGACGAUUUCUGGAGUGUUUUGUUUCCGGAGGAUAGUGGGACAGAUCAAGAAACUCAAGAAACCAUUACAACUUUCUCGUCCGAUCAAUCAGCAGCAUCAGCAUCUUCAUCUGGUACAACCAAGAAAACCCAGUCGAAAACACGAACAAAGCGCUCUCCAACCUCCCGUGAGAAGUGGGAGUUAGAAGAGGAGCAGCACGAGGAGUAUUUUUUCACCAUUGACGCCACCAACGCUUUAACCACCGCGGCGUUUUCCUACGAUUUCCAAACCCUGGACCGGAUGAGCAGACGGGGCAACUCCGAGAUUUUGCACUCCGAGGCAAGGAGACAGGGAAAUCCGGCGAAGCUGCUGGCACCGCUGGGGGGACACCGGGAGUACUAUGGGUUGCGAGACGUGAGUACUAUGGGCCCGAUUGUGACGACGAAUGUGAUUCCGCCGUUGGACUUGGAGCUGCAGGGGAAUACAAUUACAAACGGAAAGUCAAGAACUUCUUCUACAUCAACUAUUAAGGCAUCAACAUCAUCUUCAUCCCGCAGAACGUCUUCUCGUCCCCCGACUCCAAAAUACGUCCGGCGGUCGGUUGGUUCUUUCGUUUUCGGAAAAAGCUUUCCGGAGGGCGUUUUCACAGGGGAGUCGCUGCUAGAGCAACUGCGCGUAUUUCAAGAGAGUGCAAGGAAUUCCGGACAGUCUCGUGGUUCUACUUCUUCUUCCACAAGCAGCACAGCAGAACAUUAUCAAGCCUCUCCGUUCACGCCCAAGAUGAUGCCCCUGCACAUCGAGCCUUUGUUCGACCGGAAGACGCUGUACCGGGGCGGAUUGCUUCUCGACUCGGCACAGUGGAAGAUCGUUCCGGGGGAGAAAUUUGCGGAUAAGAGGUUCAAGGAACUCGUGAAAAUUGCAACGAAGUACGGAUUGCAGUCGACGAAGGUGUUUGAACAAGGGAACAACAAUGAGAUGAGCUCCGAGCAGCAGCAUGGGUGCAACAGUAUCUCCUCUUGCAGUUCCAGAAAUACAAGUUCAUCGUCUAUGACUGCCGGUGCAGCAGCGGUAGGAAACAAAUCGACAAGAAUGUUCGCCCCGGACGCGGUCGACCGGGUCACUGCGCUGCUUAAGGGGAAGGAGGAAGGGGACGGAACGGGUCUUAUCUUGGAUAGCAAUGCUGGCUGGACCAAGCAAAUGAAAAAAGCUCUGGACACCCCGGAAGACUACGUGGAGGAAGGACUGCUUCGUAACUUCCUCGCACCUGCUCCGCCUACGAAAGCAAAUGGAAGAGCCGAAAGUUCUGAUGCGAACAAGUCUACUACUUUUUCGAAGCAAGGAUCCAUCGGUACAACUGCGCGAGAUGUUGAACAGGACAACGCUCCUGCAGGAAGCACUAACAAAUACCAGCCGCAAUCCGCCGGCGCUGUCGUACUAGAAAAAAUUUCCGACCUCGCGUUAGAGUUGCGAAACGCCUUGCUCUCGAAGGUGAAAACGAAUGCGACGGCGGAUGCAGUUGCGGACGACGUCGAGGGGAAAGACACUGCUAGUGGUCUUACGCAAAAGGAAAUAAAGCAGAACAAGAACGCCACGACAACCAGCGAAACUGACGCUACGUCCAACCUGCCGACAGCCGCAAACUUUUUCGAACCAAGGAGAAUGCGGACCCGGAAGUGGAAUGAGAAAAGGGCGAAGCGGGAACUGUCGAAGACCACGGGUGUAGCGGUAUCGUCCCAAAUGUCAUGCAGCACCAGCAAUACAAAUUCCAAUCCGGCAAGCAAACACAAGCAGCCGUCUUGGGAGACUCGCGACUUCCCGUCUUUCUUGUUGCAAAAGGAGAUCCAGGAGCUGUUGCCGAGAUUGAGCACUCUGCAGAUGCGAAAGGAGGUUUUUAGCAGUGGAAGUGCUACUUCUGCCGCUCAGCACGAGAACAACUUCUACAAAACGGAAACCGGGACGAGCAGCACACCACCGCACUUCUUCCAACAAGUUUCCUACUCGCUCGAGUUCCGCACCCCGGUCUUGCUCCAGUCUCUGAUCGUCUCGGGAAACAGCAAACAUUUUCAAUCCGCCAUCGCCUACCUCGAUGGCGAGGCGCAGUUUGUGAUCCCGUUCCGGCUGAUUCUGGAUGGAGCAGAUGGAAAAACUGAAAAGAAUCUCUACGACCUUUCCGAAUCCACGACCAGUUGGCACGCGAUCGACGAGCUCAGGUUUGUGAAUGCAUAUCGCGAGAAAAAAGUGUUACAGUUACACACUCUGAUGGGAGACAAGCAAGACAGACAACUUCUGUCAUGCAGGAAAUGCAUGCCAGCCUCAUUUCAUUCGUGUUUUCCCUUAUGGUCUGCGCAUCACAGGUUUUCUUAGCCAUGUCGAGCAACUUUGUGAUGCAGAAACUCCAACAAAUGUGUAAUUGUAACACUUUUUUCCUGUGAUAAUGCAGAUGGAAUCAUGAAUACGGCAAGUGGUGAAAAUGAUGCUAGCAAAAAUUCCUCGCCGUUGAAAAUCCACUACAUCGAGGUGGAGCCCGCCGUGGGGUAUGAAAGUGCACAACUCCCUUUCCCCCUCAUUUGUGAUGCAAAGUGCCAACGCCACCCUUUGCCUUUUGCCACGACUAUGCAUGACAGAUUUUGAGAGCCGAAACAGCAACAGAAUCGGUCGCCAAUUUUUUGUCAUGUAGAGCCUGCAUCCUUGCCAGAGCUUGUGUUGCUGGGACUGCCAUUCAAAUGAGGCGGGGGGGGAGUUGUGCAGCACUCUCAUAUGGGGUUCGGCGAGCUCAAAACCGGUUCGCAAUCGUUUUUGCUGUUCCGGGAUUUGCUGCAAAGGAAGUGGGUGGAGGACUGUCAGGCGAUAGUGACUUCUACGCCGGAGAAUGAAGUCUCCAGUACCAAGAAAACUGAUCCAAAAUCUUCCAACCUCAUUUCGAGCAAGAAACACGAGAACAAAACCAACACUCCACUUCUGAAGAAACGCAACAGAAACGACGACUCCACCUCUGAAGACUCGGAAGAUCUGGACCGCUUGGAUUCGGACGACAGCACGGAUAGCAUUUCCUCUACUUCCGCAGAGAGCGACGAGGAUGCCGAAGCUGUUUUGAAAAGCCGCAUGAAAAAAAUGAAACCAAAGAACAGGAAAAAGAAGCACAAAAACCACACUGGUGCGUCAUCAAAAGGAGAUCGCUCUACUAGCACAACUGCGGACCCAAAUACUGAAUCAGCUGGUUCACCGCAAACUAACAAGCCGAAACUCGAAGUCCCACCCCUUCGCUCCAUUUUCCACCUGUUCCACCGCAUGUCGGCGCUGGCGAAAAUCGCGACUUCCGAGCACAAAACGACUUUCGACAACCUCCAAUUUCGCUUUCAGAUAAAAGAUUCAACGACAAAAGAAAACAACCAGCACGAAGUAGACAGCACACAGCAACAGCACACGGAACUCAUCCCCUUCUACAACGAGUACGACAUUGCGAACUCUUUAAACAACAAAAACCAGUUUGUCGAGCUGAUGAUCCUGACCCCGAACGGCGCGAUUGACGCGCAACGGGUGGACAAGCAGGCGAAAAAGUACUUGAUUUCCCUCGAUUUCGCGCUGAAAAAUGGGUACAAGAUGCUGCCAGAGAAUCUGAUGAACAACUACCUGUCCCGGGAUUUGAUACAAAGACAAGCGUUUCUGGUCACGCGGUUCUUCUUUCUGGCGCCUGGUACUUCUUCGGAGCAACACGAGACGAAGCGGAGGAGGGACAACGAAUGGGUAGAUUCGGCGCUGGACGCGUUGGAGUUAUCCUGUGCAAAGGCAUCGUACUCGUACUAAUCGCAGUCAUGCAAGACAAAUUUCUUGUUUAACCUAAGUCAGCAUGACAGAUUCCAUUUGUCAUGCUGAGCGAAUUUGUAUUGCAGUACUACGAGUACGAUACUUUUGCAGUUCAUAGGAGUUGGUGGAUGACGAUUUUGUCCGUUUCGCGACCGAGAUGCAAUUUUUGCUCGCACUCUGGGGACGGAUGCUGCUGGGCGGUGGUGGGUUUGGGAAGCAUGACGAAGGGACGAAUAAUCCUCCGGUUAUGCAGAAUUUCGUCGCUAUGUUGGAUGACAGUAGCGACGGAUUCGCUUUGCCAAGUUUAAGAACUGCUGCUACGCAAGCUGUUUCUAGCGAGGAGGCUGUAGAGGUGCCACUGCGCGAAGCAGAAACGUCGCAUGCUGGUGCGGGAACAUCGAUACAGCAAGAAGAUCAACACCACACGGAGGUAGAGGUAGUGGAGAAACCACUUCUAUCGAAUAAAGCGGACGACGAGGUUCUUCUUCUUCCCGUGACUCCGGAUGCAGUGUCGGACGAGUCUGCAGCUUCACAUGAUGAUCCUGUCGCGGAGCAGCAGUGGGUGCAGACCCAUCUCACGUUCGACGAAAUCCAAACCGAGGACGAGUUCAACAAGUACGUGCAACGAGAAUUUUUCGACAAACUUGAAAACGGAAAUACAAAUAACACGAUCAGUACAACUUCUAGCAUCAAACCAGAACUGCAAUUUCUCCCAUCCGUCAUGAAAGCAUCCGACCGACUUCCGGCCUUCCUUCCCGUGGCAGACGUAGUUUUUGAACCUGAAGAAAGCCAUAGCGAAGCAGACCUGCAUAAUCCGCCCUCUUUGCUGCAACGAGCUACAAGUUUCCUUUCUGCUACCGUAUUUGGACGAACAAGCGCUCCAACCCAAAUUAUCCACCCGCUGGAGAUCUCCCUGGCUAACGGCGCGAAAUUGGACAUGUUUGAUGUCGCAAUGCGUUCCCCACAGUACUUCUUCGACGAGACUCUGUGGGCAGUGGAAGCAAAUUUGGGCCUCGAUGACGCGGUCAAAUUGGAACUGAUACAGCCCUUGAAGAUGGAACAAAAUAAGACAGCAGCUGCAGAAGGCCGCGAGAAAGAACAUCAGAAAGAACUCUACAAGAUUGCGUGUUUGAAGCCGGUGUUCGAAAUUGAGGCGGACAAAACGCAGCGGUACACGCUCGAGGUGAUCAUCUUGGACUUUUUUCAGUUCGACCAUGAAACCGGGCCGGGCAAUGCAAAUCCUUGUUUUCGUCAUGGUCAUGCAGAAGCAGCGACUGUGACCGCGACACCCACGGCAGCAGCUCCGGUUGUAGCGGUGCCGCCGCUUCUAGACGGUGGUCAUUUGAUGAACGACUUGUUUAUUUCCGAUGGUGGAAGUGAUGUUUCUUCGGUCGAAGACGAUCCGGUGAGGAGGACGCAGACUUCGUCCAACGACGUGCCUAUCGCUAUUGAUGUCGUGGCGCAAGAUGCAGUGGAGCGACAUUCACGAUCUCCAACGGCGCCGACCAUGGCUGGGAGAUUUCUUUCUGAACAGGCUGCGAUGAAACUUGGCGAGCAAGAAUCUGGUGGCGCGAUCCCUUCAGUGCCUCUAGCGAAGAAGAGGGCCAUGCACGAAUUGCAUGAGCAGCAUGACUUUCAAGAAGAAGACCACUCUACGGCUCCACUCGAGGCCGCACCGCUUCUGGCGAAGCGUCAUGCAGCUACAAAAGAAGCCGCGGCGUCCCCGGAUGCACGAAGCAAAGCGGCGAAUCAAAACUACGGCAAGCAGGGUGACAGUACGACUUCAUCUCCCAGCUUGGCAGCCACGCCGGGUUCAUCUCCACAGGUCGUGGGGCGGUCGGGUCGCCGGAGUACCAAGGGGAAGACAGCUACUAGUGAAUCGACGGAAAAACAAGAAGCUCCGUCGCGACAGCAGGAGCAAACAUCUGGAGUUCUUGAACAAGUAGAAGGAUUUUUGUCAGGCCAAAAGCUGCCGACAUCAACCUCGUCCCCACCUUCCAUUUCCACCGGAAAGAAGAACACACCACCAAAGAUAUCAAGUGCAAAAAUGUCUGGGUCUGGAAGAUCGCAACUUGGCAUGCUGUUUUUGCACGCUAAAAAAAGUAUUGCAUGACCAGCAUUGUGCUACACGGACAGGGCAUUUCUCAUGCGGAAGGUGCAUCAGGAAGCCCGCUAAAGGUCUGCGAUGCUAGGUCAUGCAUUACAGGCAUGAUAGGCCAUGAGAAAUAUGCAUGAAAAAUCUUGCACUCUUCCAGACCCAGACAUUUUUGCAUUUGAUAAAAGAAAAGGGUGCACUACUUCGACCUGCUGACAGACACUCCCGCCCAUCUCCUGAUCUUUCUCGCACAAGAAUUCCCCGCGACUUUUAUCACCGACGAGGUUCUCCAGAAUCUGAAAGCGGCGAAGGAGAAAAACCUUUCUCUCAGUCCGAUUUUGGAGAACGUGGAGCUGCAAGACCAGUUAGAACAAUUCGGGCCGGACGGUUCGGAAUUCGGGAUUUGGACGGUAAUCGAAAAGUGGGUAACCAACCGGUUUCAGAAAUUGGAUUCGCUCGCGAGAAAACUGGUCGUGAAGCGGGUGAGCGCGCCGGUAGCUAGUUCGGAAAAGGUUUCGGCUGUAGAACACUGGAUGAUCAAGGUGAAUGAGGUUUUUGAUAAGACGCUGAAAGUGGACCCGAAGUUGGUCGAGAUGUUUCGGAGGGCAGCAGGAGGGGAUCUGCAGCAGCAGCAGCAAAAACUGCCCAUGAACAAGACUUCUGCAGUACAAGUAGGUGCUGCACCCACGAAACCCGCGGCAUCCACCUCUACCUCGUCUUCGCCAGUAGAACUCCAGCAGCUGCAAGCAGAGCCAGCAUCAGCUGCAGUGGAGCCUCCAGUGCAAGACGCAGCUACAGCUGUUUUCCCGAGAAGUAGUGAAGUAGAGACGCCAAUUGCAGGGACAAAAGAACAGCUUGAAGACCACUUGGUGCCUGCAAUCAACAAGAAGAACCCAGCGGUUCUUCAACUAGAGCCGCAACAUUCCGUGUCCGCCCAUCUUCCGCAAGAAAAACGACCAUCAACAUCGCAGGAGCUCUUAAUCCUCCCGCGAACGGAAAACUUCAAAAUUGUUCCCGCAGUGGAGAUUAUGCAGCGGUGGCUGUAUGCGAUUGUUGCAGAUGAAGCGGAUUUAUCAAAUGCAAAAAUGUCUGGGUCUGGGAGAUUGCGAGAUUUGUCAUGCUAGUCUGGCAUGACUCUGAACUCUGUGCUGUAUGGCCGUUAAGAGCUCCUCUGCCCUGUCAUGCAAAAACGCAGUUUCUCAUGCGGAGUACGCAACUCAGAACCAUGGAAAAAACUUGUCAUGCUUGGCAGCGCAUUACACUGAGUUCACUACUCCCUCUCUUGCGUCACAAGUUUGUUCCAGACCCAGACAUUUUUGCAAUUGAUAGGAUUUGGAUGCGAUCGACGAGGAGUUUGGCGAAGAAGGGGAAGAACAGCAACCUGUUGUCACGAAGUUUCAGCAGGAUGCAGGAAGCAUCAACGAAGGCGGAAAUGAACCUGGGGAGGUCGGGCAGAACACAAUGGCUGCACAAAGUUCUGUCAUUCAGAAAACAGCUCUACGUCUACAAGAAGAAGCUCACGACCUCGACGAUGAUGAGGAUGGCAAAACCAGCCGUGCCAAAAUGGCCCAAAACAUCCAGGAGAUCCUCGCGGAAGAGGAUGAAAGCAAUACCGAGCCACUACUGUACACUGCAAAUCUGCCGGAACAAGCAACUGCGACAGUGGUUCCAGAGGAUUUUCCUCUACCUGAGGUGACUACAGAUCCUGAGGUUUUUGAUACUGCUUCUACUGUUCCCGAAAGUGCAGCUUCUCUUUCGUCCUUGUUCUAUGAUGAGCUUGGCGCAAUAGUAGAUGUCGGACCGGAUCCUGUUGCUGCGUCGAACAACAGCAUCAACCAACAGCACACAGAAAUUCCCCCAGCAACAACAUCUACUCCUACACCGCAAAGAUUUCGAAACGGGAGGCGGGUAAAAACCCUGGACGAAAUCAUGCGGAUGGACAACGAUGGGGUGCAUAUCAAAUGUAAAAAUGUCUGGGUCUGGAAGAUUGAAACUUGUCAUGCUAAAUCCGAAUAAUGCAAAAAUCUGUGUUGCAUGAGUGCCAAAAGCUGUCCACUUUCGACCAAGUUGGGCGGGAGUUUCUCAUGCGGGCUAGGCAUGGUAGAGACCUCACAGACUCUGUCAUGCUAGGUCCUGCAUUCCAGACCUCAUGGGUCAUGGAAAAUCUGCAUGACAAACCUCGCAAUCUUCCAGACCCAGACAUUUUUGCAGUUGAUACUGCAGGACUACAUGCAACACCCCGACGACCCGUCUGGCUUCGACUUCCAGCGAGGGGCCGAUUUAACAAAGGUCGGAGAGGACGCAUUGGAAGUAGCGCAGGUGGGAGCAACAGGAACAAGGAAAAUAAAUUUCGCUGCAGUGGAGAUGAACGGAACUACGAUACUGGGUGGAGCAGGACACCAAGGGGCCGCGGGUUUGAAAAUACCAGCAGGAGCAGCAUCAACAAGAGCUACGGGCGGCAUUCUUUCUUCGGCAGCACCGGCGGUACCAGCAGGGUCGUCCACCUGGAUCAUACCGCAAGCACCACCGGAAGAAUUUCCAAACCUGCAGGCGGGUGACGAUCAACUACAGUUGGACCAGGAAAUCGAGGACGAACUGCAGUACCAGCAAGACUUGUUGAUGCGACUGGUUGAGGAAGACAAAGCCAGAGAUGCGGAACUAGCUAGACAUCAAAACGGGGAAGAAGAAGUCCUUGUGCAGCAAGCGGUACAACAUGAACAGGAGGUUCAUCUUCCGACGGCAGGAGUGGAUCAUCCCCCGCAGACUGCAGCAGAACCCGCGGCUGGUGCACCUUCAGAUUCACUCCCUCUAGAUGUUCUGAAACGACCUCAGCCUCCUGCAGAAGUCGAAAUUUCAUUCGAGGCGCCUCCAACAAAUACCAGGUUCGAGCACGAAGAUUUACGGCAUCCAGAUCUGGACGAUCUAGUGGGGCGAGAUGAGGAUGAAGAACAUGAUGGUGCAGUAACGACCCCAGAUGUAUCAAAUGCGGGUCGAAAUCCUUCUCCUUCACCCCUCUUCACGGCUGCGGAGUUGCACUGGCUCCUGCGACCGAUGGCGUACGGAAAAAAUGAUCCGCCACCACGACCUGGUCGUUAUGCAGCUGCGGGGGAAUCCGAAUCAGAAGCUAGUAGAAAUGCAACACUCAGUACAACUUCUUCGGCUUCCGAAAUAACGGAGAAGCGAAAAGAAGGAUCCGAGAGGGAGGUCGCUCUGGAAGUAACAGCAAACGGCACCACCUCAAAUUAUUCAUCUGCGCAAAAGAAAGAACUCGAGCAACAACUGCGGAAGUUGCUGCCAGACGUACAACUUGAAGAUGGCGCAACCACGACUCCAGAGCCGGAGCAGCUCGUGGACCAGAACCCAGGAGAUGACAUUGCGGCCAGUAGUUCACCACCUACAGUGCCGGAAGCAGGCAGCAGAAAUCACCCACUGCCUGUAGUUGUGAACAAAACUACUGCGUCAACAUCAUCCCGAGAACAGCAAGUAGAACCUGCAGACACCCUCCUCCCCUGGCCGUCCCACCCGAACGACCAGGAGGCCGCGAAGUGGGGGAGAGCCGGGCGGAGACGCGGAAACAAGAAUCCUGGAGGGCCGGAGGUGAAGAAGAAAAUUUUAGUUUUUCCAGCAGUGGACUUCUCCAGAGUGCAGAACAACAAGAAUACGAAGAUAUCGAGUUUGUUUUUCCGGUUUGUCUCAUACAAAAAGCUCCUACAAUAUGACAGUGCACAACUCCCCCUCCCCCUCAUUUGUGAUGCAAAAUACCUAAUUUACUCCUUGGCUCGUGGCCUUGUUUGCAUGACAAGUUCUGGCAGCCCAAAUAGCACAGACCUCCAGUCCAUGUGAAUUUGUCAUGCGAAACCUGUAUUCUUGCUAACGCUUGUAUUGCUGUUCAUGCAAUACAAAUGAGGGGGAGGGGAGUUGUGCACUGUCAUAUACAAGUGGUUGUUUCCUGCUUUGCGGCGGUGUACCGGCGAGACGGGUUGUCGAUAAACAAUCGGGUGGAGAAUGAGGUUGAUAGCAGCAAAAAUGGGAACAAUAUCAGAAAGAAAAGCAACGACAUCAAACCCGAAGCUCAAGACAUGCAGCUCCACAUUUACACAACCGACGGUGAGCUGCAAUUCGUGUACUCUUCGCAGCAGAUGCUCAAGAUGCGCGAGAACUAUUUUCCCGAAUUACUUCUAACUUUGUGGCAACAAACUUACGACUUUCUGCGGUAUGUGAAGUUGAAUGAACAAUGA